AUGAGUGCUUCCAAUAGACUCAAAGAUAUCCUUGAAAAUGGGGAAGUUGCUCAUUUGGAUUGUUAUUUAGAGAACUAUGAAAAUGAUAGUGAGACUAACGAGGGUAUUAUUAAACAUAUUCAGUCUGAAAAUUUGAAUUUAUUACAUGCUCUUAAUCAACGCGAAGUCAUUCAUAUAUUAGACAGGGUAUUGGGAGGAGGAGAAUUUGAAUCAGUACUGAGAGAUAUAGCUAAAGAAUAUUUAGGAACACACGACUUUAAAAAUAAGACCAGCGAUCAGAAUUACGCCAGAAAAUGUGCAGAUACAUUACAUGAUGAUAUAUAUUUAGACAUUAGUGAGACUUUUGCCGGUCCAAAUAUAAUGAAAAUCAUCAACACUGCUAAAUAUGUUCCACUGAGAAUUGAUGUUAAAGAGAGGCAAAUGCUAAGACUAAUUGAAGGUGCACUGGAAGUAAGCGAGUACACAGAUAGAGUAGAUGUGAUAUGCGAGAAUAAAUCAAGAAGGAUUGUUAACGAAGUACGUCAGGUAUGUGCUAUACUUAGUGGUCUGGCUGUAUCAUUUGACUAUGAAAAUGGUCAGAAACUAGUACACGACCGCAACUUUAAAGAUAAUGAAAUCUUUUUCCAAAAUAUGUUUGAGAUAGCUCGUCGUUAUAAAAUGCUUAACCCUGAGAAGAUGCGAGACUCCUAUGGGAAGUUGUUAUAUUUAUUAAUGGAUACUCAAAAAGAGGAAAUUCAGGAAUUAUUACAGUUUAAGUGUUGUAUACCUAUAUUGACGGUAUAUGAUUUCUUAAACAGCAAGGGCUGUUUGGAGUUGCUAAAUGACCCAUUAUUGUAUGAAGCAACAAGAAAUAUUGAAGACAAUAAAGACAGAAAUUUACUUAAUAAGAGUUUAACUAGGAAGAGAAUGGCAAUAAAAGAUAUUUUAAGCAGAUAUAGCAUUGAGUCCAGCCAAGGUAACAACUCAAAAGGAAUUGGGGGACCCUUUAGUAGAUUUUGGAUGUAUACUAGAAGCAAUGAUAGUAAUAUAGAAGAAAAUGAAAAUUGUUCAGGAUCUGGUCUUAUAUCAAGUUCUGGAGGCUUAUUUAGAAAUAAGAAUAGGGAGCUAACUGACAAGAAAAUAACCAAAGAUGAACUGGAGCUGUGUAUAUACUCUUUAAAUGACCAUAAUGUCUUUUUAUAUUAUAAUAGGGACCCUAUUAAUAAGAUGAUUCAGUUUUUGAAAGAUUACUUUGAUCCUAAUUGUCCCAGUGAUAUUAAUUUAUCUUUAAUAGGGAGUAAAGGAAUGUCUUCUCGUCUUAAUCAUGAUCAUAAUCGCCAAUACUUUUAUGUCUUGCAAAGUUUAACGAUGUGGAGAGAAGUUAUGGACAAUAUGAUGAGAUUAUGGUGUAUAGCUGAGGAUGAUCUUCUUGAUGAGAAGAACAGAUAUCGUCUAGGAAACACUGGUCAGGGGAUUCAUCGGAUACAAGGAGCUCCAAGACUCUACAAGGCAAUGUGUGAAAUAGUCUCUAAAGUUCAAAGUGAAGUCGGUAGUUGGGUUGGAUCUUCUGUGAUACACUUAGGAGAUAGAAAUGUACCUAAUGCUUUGAUGUUCAUUGAUAAAUAUUUACAAGUCCCAAAGAUUUUGUCUCCAAUAGUUUUGUGUCUUGAAAGUAUAGAUGAAGUAAUUAAUGGAAAUAAAUAUCUUAAGAUUUUUGUUGAAAAUUGUUUUGGGGGCUGCGAGAAACUCAAGAAAAUUAUCUUAGCUGACUUUUUCAAACAUGGAUUUGAUGGAGGAGGAGCUGAUAAUUUUUUUGAUGCAGGAUCUUGUAUAGACGGUAGAUUAACUUCUGCUUGGAAUUGGUGCUCAAGAAUUGAGAGUAAGGCAUUCUUCCCAAUAUUUUUGUUAUGUGGAUUUAUUGGAUUUGACGGAAAAUUCUGAAAGUGGCUAUAAUGAGAAGCCACACAAACUGGCAAAAACAUAAUUAACCUAGGGAACAAAUUAAAAUUGAAAUGACUUAACU